CAGAGGAAGAGCUGAAGGGAUGUCUUGGAGGUUUUGUGGCCGCAGCAGAAACUUUCCACCGCGCCAGGGAAAACAAACAGCGCGCGGCAGGCAAACCGCAGCUGAUCCGCACUCGGAGAGUAGCGGCUGGCUGGCAGUCCCCCAGCCUCCCUUGGCUAAGUGGACAUUAUGCAAUAACAGCCCCUCCUUCCCGACUUUGAUCGGAUGAAAAACAAAGAGAAAGAAACAUACUAUUCUUCUCCCUCACCCUCCCCGUCCCCCCGCAGAAGUGACAGCAGCACGGCGGGAGCAGGUCCGUCCGUCCCAGGCGCCUUAGGGGAAGAAAGGGGAGGAGGGUUUCUUUCGUGCGCUCUCGGGGCUCCUCCGUAAGCCGCCUGUAGGCAAAAGAGCGUGGUUUCGGAAAGAGAAGGAAGGCGAUCGCGCAGGGCCCGGGGGGGAAGAGGUACCGCCCUCCGCAGGUCUAGAUCCCAUUAGCGAUCCGUGACAUCCUUCCGAGGAGAGACGGCUCCGGCCAAGCAGGGCGAUGCUGUGCAGUGGUCAUCUUCUACUACUUCUGGCAAGUAUUCCUUACAGCUUUCUGCUGAAAAACCAUGAGGAGGAGGAAGAUGAAGAUGAUGACUUGCCACUGUCAACAUCCCAGCCCUGCGGGGACUCUGCCCAGAAUGUAUCUGGUUGCCCAGCCAAAUGCAGCUGCCCAACAGAGGAGACAGUGGAUUGCGGUGGCCUUGACCUGCACAUUUUCCCCAGCAAUAUCUCUGCAGACAUCCAGCAUCUUUCAUUGCAGAAUAACCAGUUGCAAGAGCUGCCCUACAGUGAACUAUCCCGAUUGACCAGGCUGCGAACCCUCAAUCUCCACGACAAUCUGAUCACCUCUGAUGGUCUCCCAGAUGAAGCCUUUGAGUCCCUGCAGUCACUUCAAUACAUCUACCUGGCCAACAACAAGCUGGCAGUGGCACCACAGUUCCUACCACACACACUACGCAUUGUGGACCUUGCUGCCAACAACCUGAUGUGCAUCUAUCCACUCACUUUGGGGCAUAAGCCUGGUCUCAGGUCUGUUUAUCUGCACAACAAUCACUUGAACAACACAGGUCUGCCCUUUGAUGCCUUCAAUGGCUCGGAUGCUGUCAGCACCCUGAUCCUUUCCAGCAACCAGCUCACCUACGUGCCCCAGAAUUUGCCCCGCGGUAUUGUUCGCCUCCAUUUGCAGAAUAAUCACAUUUCUCGUAUCCCUAAAGGGGCCUUGAGCAGCCAGGGGCGCCUCCGGGAGCUUUACCUGCAGAACAAUAAUCUAUCCAGUGAGGGCCUGGGCCACUCCACCUUCAGCAAGCUGAAGAGCCUUGAAUAUCUGGAUCUUUCCAACAACAACUUGACAGAGGUGCCUGCCGGUCUUCCUGCCAACAUAGUAAUACUACAUUUGGGCCGAAACCGCCUGAAGGGACUACCACCUGAGCGCCUUAGCCGUGUGCGAGGCCUGCAGUAUCUCCUGUUGCAAAGCAAUGCUUUGACAGCUUCAGGGAUGCACCCAGAGGCCUUUGCCCACCUGCGCUUCCUGCAUACACUUCAUUUGUACAAUAAUCAGCUAGAUGGAAUCCCAUCUGGACUUCCCCGGCGUGUCCGGUCCUUGAUGCUGCUGCACAACCAGAUUGCACGCGUUGGCUUGAAUGACUUCGUGGCCACUUAUGCUUUGACUGAGCUCAAUCUCAGUUACAACCGGCUUUAUAGUGCCCACAUCCACCGCCUGGCCUUCCGCAAGCUUAGGCGCCUAGAAAUUCUGGACAUCUCUGGCAACAUGCUCACACUUCUCCCUGCUGGGCUGCCCGCCAGUCUUCAAGUCCUCAAACUUCAGAAGAACCAGCUUAAUGCUCUUUCUCCAGAACGGUUAGUCAACCUCACCAUGCUCAAAGAGCUGCACCUGGCACACAACCGCCUGCAGAUCAGCAGUAUCUCUCCAGGCACUUGGCAUGAACUGCAUGGGCUCAAGCUCCUGGAUCUGAGCUUCAAUGAGUUGUCAUACAUUCCACCAGACCUUCCGGAAUCACUGGAAUAUCUAUACUUGCAACACAACAGAAUUGCUGUCAUUGUGGCUGAGACCUUCCUCACAACACCCAACAUACGGGUCAUCACUCUCAGAUCCAAUCACUUAUUGGCAGCCAAUGUGUCAGAAGUGGCAUUUGCAGACCUGAAAUUCCUGGAAGUAGUAGACCUGACAGGCAACCCAGGGCCUAUCAGCAUCUCUCUCCUGCAAGCUGAACGCUGGGUCCAUACUCAAAUGGGCACCUAGGAAGGCAGCCUAGAACAGAUUACCAUCCUGAAUUCUCUUUGCACCACACUGCUUCCUUGGGCCUCUUGAUGCAUAUGGCCUCAGCCAGCCAGCCUGCCUGCCACCUUCUGGGGGUUUUGUUGUAUAGUGUUUAUUCUUCUGGUUUCAGCCAGCCACAUACAACAAAGCCAGUGCAGCAAGCUGCUUUUCUUGGGAGCAAAACUUAGCAACAAUGCUCAGUUUAACUGUUAAAUUUUAUAGAAAAUUUAUAGAAAAUCUGGUAGCCAUUACUGGAUGCUUAUACCCAGUGGUUCUGCAUUUGGCUUGGCUAAGCUUCCCUGGAACUAAAGUGGCAGUCAUACCCAGAUGAAGCUAGUGUGUCCCCCUGCACUCACUUGCAACAUUGCCUAGGACAUAAAAUAUUCAGUGGAACACUUCCCCUCAGUUCCUUCUUCUGCAUCACUUCUCAUAUGUGUGUUUCCAAUCUGUUAACAGAGGUACUGCAGAGAGCUAGGAAGUUGCAUAUGUAAAGGUUUUCUUCCCCAUGUGUCAAAUCCCAUUCAAUCUUUUUGCAGAGAAGAUGAUAGGAAUGACAGCUAGACUGUUCACCAUCAUGCAGAAUUACUAGCCAGUGUUUAGAUUUCCCACAUUUACAAAUGUUUGAAUAGACUUGGGGCAACAUUCAAAAGAAGUGAGGGGUCCAUCAUUUCAGAACUAAAGUCAUAAUGAAACUUGUAUUUUUCCAUAGAAAACAUAGCUUUAAAUAAGAUCAAAGGCAUUAUGCCUGCAUCAGGGAUGAAGCCAUAGAAACUAAAUUAUUUUAGUAUCAAAUGACCUCCAGACUUCCAGACUACAUAAGCUAAACUUGUGUUAGUAUAAACUUUGUGCUAUAAACCAUUUUUAUAGAGAGAUGAUAUCUUUUUUGUAGAUGCUGAAAAAAAAUCUAAAGUGAUAAAAUACAUGGAAUUACUUGCAAGAAUUCAUAAGAAUGACAUUUUACUGUUGAGCAGAGGCAUAAACACAAUCCAGAUUAAAAGAAAGUUUGAAGAAGGUUUUAUUA